AUGUCGGACCGCCGCGCCGCGAUGGCGGAGGCCGGGCGACGCAGGCUCGAGGCGUUCCGAAAAGCAAAGGAAGGCAAGGGUCCGUCCGGUCAAGCCCAGCAGAGCGCGGCUCCGGCCACACCGCCGAAGCCAGCGCGGCCAGCUGCACCUGCACCGCUGCAUCAAAAGGACGCCUCUGCCGCGCCCGCGACGGCCCCUCUCAGCGGAGACCGCGCGCCGCCGGAUCGCACCAGUCCGUAUAGCUCCAUCAACGGCGGGCGCGCGGACAUUACGCCCCCCGCGUCGCGCCAAAACGGCUCAGUCCGCUCAAGCGUCGAUGCCGCGCGCGCAGAGCCGCCCCGGCGGGAAUCCAACGGCCCUGCGCCGCCGUUUCCGCCGCCCAGCGCCGCGAUAGACCACCAGCCCCCCGCCUUCCUCGCCCCAGCCACAGACCCCCCCCUCCCACCGCCCAAGGCGGCCCCGUGGAUGUCGCACACACGCGCCAGCCCGCCCCGCGCAACGCCGCGAGACCGCGACCCCGCCGGCUCGCCCCGCGCGGCCUCGCCGCCGCCAGAGCCACCGCGCUCGCCGUCCCCGAGCCGCUACCUCAGCGACGACACGCGGCAAAAGGACGAAGAGAUCCUGCGACGCAUCAUGGGCGGGACCGGCGCGACGACCGCGACGCCGGCGCUCCCAAGCGCGGACGCGGGCCCUCCGCCGCCGCUGCCGGGCGCCGCGGCGCCGUCCGGCCCGCCGUCGACGUCGUCGCGGGGGGGUGUUGCUGCGCGGGCGCAGGUGCUUCAGGACCACGUGAACGACCUGACGCAGGAGAACUACCGGCUCGUGCGCGCGGCGGAGGACGCGCGCAGCGCCGCCGCGGAGGCCGAGCUCGCCGCGGCGCAGCUCCGGCAGGAGCUGGCGCAGGCGCAGUCUGACGCAGCGGCGGCGCGCCGGGACGCGGACCGGCUGGACGGGCAGCUCAACGCGCAGGGGCUCGCGCUCGCGGCGAUGGCGGCGGAGCGCGACGGCGCGCGGCGGGCCGCGGAGGACGCCGCGUCGCGCGCGCAGGCGCUGGCGUCCGAGGUGAUUGCCUGCGAGGAGGCGCUGCGGCGGGAGCGGGCCGAGGUCGCGAAGCUGCGGUCCGGCGGCGGCGGGUGGGUGCAGGAGCGCGGGGAGCUGCAGCGGCGGCUGGGGCGCGCGACGGAGGCGCUCGCGGGCGCCGAGCGGGAGCGGGACGCGCUGCUGCAGCAGCUGGAGGGGGUGUUGUACGGGGAGUCUGACUCGGGGACGGCGCGGGAGGUGGCCGCGGGGGUGCGGGAGCGUGUGCGUGGGGCGACUGCGGACGCGGCGUGCCAGGCGGACCUCGGCGGGGGGCGGGCGGGCGGCGGAGUCCCCCGCGGGGGUGUCGCGGCGUCGUACGUGCAGAUCUCGGACGCGUACCUCUCGCGCGGCAGCAGCCGCCGCGAGAGCCGCUCCGGUGCCGCGCCGCAGGCUGAUCCGGAGCCCCCCACCACGGGCGCACGCGACCAGCCGCAGAGUCCACGCACGCGCCCGUCCCCCGGGGGUGCGUCGCCGCCGGCGGAGCCUUCGCGCGCGGAGGACGCGCCGGCGACAGCCGCGGCGGCGCCGGAGGUCGACGCGGCGGCGAUGGAGGGCGCGCCGGCGUCCGCGCGGCUCGCGGCAGACGCGCUGCGGUGGAUGGUGCAGCGGCACGCGGAGACGGCCGGGCUGCGUCUGUCGGCGCAGCAGCGGGAGGACCUCGGGCUGGAGCAGUCGGACGCGGUCCGCGCGGCGCUGAUCGCGGAGGCGCUGGGCCCGGCGGCGGCGGCGCUGGUCCCGCAGCAGCGGGGACCGGAGUCGGCGUGGUGGGGGGGUCUCGCGGAGGCGGAGGCGUCGAGCAUGGAGUCGAUAUGCAGGACGCUGGGGGACCUCGAGGACGAGGUGCUGGCGCUGAAGCGGCUCGUGGCGCACCACGGCGCGCGGGCGAAGGCGCUCGAGAGCGAGCUGGCGGCGGAACGCGGCGCUGCGAUGCACGCGGCGGCGCAGCGGGCCGCGGAGGUCGCUGCGGGCGCGGGCGCUGGCGACGCGGCGCCGCCGGCGGAGGCGGACGGCAGCGGCAGCGAGCGCGAGCGCGAGGAAGAUUCUUCGCCCGCGGCGGAGCAACCGCCGCCGAAACGAGGGUGGUUCUGGUAG